AAUAUACUAAGAAAGAUUCUGAUUCAAUCUCUGUAAUAUCACUGAUGGCAUUAUCCGAAGAUUUGAUGUCGAAAUGCUCAGAGCACAUGAGUGCUUACAAAUCCGCUUGUGAAGAACACCCUGGCCUCAAAUCCUUUGAUUCUAAGCUUCAGCAGCGAGCCAUGAAAGUGAUAGACACGCUCACCGCUGGGGCCGAGACUGGGACUGGGACUGAGGAGCUAUCACAACACACAGUACACGUGGAGGUCUCCAAGCAUCUACUUGAAGUUCACCAAGAAGUGGCAAACUUCAUUCUUGAAAGCGAAGACGAUGUGUGGGAGAACAAAUCUCUAAGAUAUUUGGUCAAGGCCUAUUUUGAAAAUACCAUCAAGACAUUAGAGAUUUUCGAUAAUAUUAUGGAGAGUGUGGAGAAAGCAGAAAGGGGUCAACUUAUCAUCCAAGAAGCCGUGGCGCAGUUUGAUAAAGACUCGUCAGAAAAAGACUUUGGUGGGAAAAAGAAGAGGUAUGAAAAAACCUUGAAGGAGCUGAAGAAGUUCAAAGCCAUGGGAAAUCCUUUUGAUGGCCGCGACUUCUCGGCUCAGUUCAAGUUGAUCCAAAAGCAGCAGGAAUCUCUUCUCGCGGAAGUGGCUGAGGCUAAAAAAAAGCUUGAGGAGGAAGCAAAGAAGCUUCAAGAGGAAUAUGCUAAUGCACAAAAAGGGAGUUUAAUCUCCAAUGUUGUUUUCGGCGCGGUUGCUUGCUUAGUUUUCGUUGGCUCGGUAGCUCUAGUUAUGACAGGCGUGGGAGCACCUCUAGGCGUUGCCGGGUUUGUGGCAGUACCAGCGAUUGCAAUGGGAUGGGUAGGCGUCCAGUUUUACUUGGCGAAACGGAUGGAAGCUCUGAAGAGACAGCAGGAAGCUUUUACAAAACUCCAAGAGAAAUUAACAUUGUUGGAGAUUGGUACUGAAACCAACGAAGAUUCUUUGGGGACCGUAACUGAAAUAGCCCACCAGCUAGAGAAAAAGAUCACAUCUAUUAUGAAAGAUGUGGAUGAUGCUAUUGAAAAUGAAGGAGAUGAGGUGGACAUCAAACUUGACCUCUACUCAAUCAGGGAGAAAGUAGAGAAAGUAACAGAGAAAAUUAAUGAGGUUGGUGAAACUGUGGCUAAGCAUAGCAAACUGAUCGCUGAGGCGAGGUAUCAUAUCCUCGAAAAGAUCAAUGGUUCUGGAAAAUAUCACCACGGCUAAACGUUAUCGAUGUUUGUUGUUGUUCAAGAGUACUCAAUUCCCAUAUUUGCUAUUUUCCAAUAAAUGGGUUUACAGCCCAUACUGUACCUUUCUAUUUUGCUUUGUAACAUUGACCAUCCGAGAGAUUGGUUGAUAUGUACCUCUAUCUCCCUAUGUAUUAGGGAUUAUUCGCGAAAUAAAUUUGUUGUAUUGUUCUUUA